AAUACAAUUUUUGUUUUUUGAGAUAAUUAACUCUGUUUAAUGAAUCUAUAAAAAUGUAAAAUGAAGAAAAAUUCAUAUUAUCUUUUUAUAUUAUUAAUCCUCUGAUAUAUUCUAUUUUAUUUUGCAUGGUUCUUAAGAACUUUCCAUUAUUUUGGUCAAUAAGUGUUUUUAACUUCUUCAAGAAAUAUUAUUUUANUAAUAAUGUAUGAAAAUAUUGAAUUUAGUUUUGCUUAAACAAAUUUUUAUCCAACUCCUUCACAAUUAUCAUAAAAUUAUAAGAGAGAUACAUCUAAAAUCUAGCUUCCUUCAAAUGGAUCAGAAAUGGAAAAACAAUUGAAAACAUAAUUUAUUGCAGAUGGAUCAGUUUUUGGGGAAUAUUAAUCAAUUUUAAGAUAAGCUAGAGUACCAGCUUAUGUAAUACCUCCUCCUCCUCCUCCAAAACCAGAAGAGUAAGCAGCUUAAAUAUUUUUACGAUUACCAUACAAUUAUCUAGAUUAAAAUGCUAAUUCAAAAAAUGAAUCUAACAAUAUUUAAAAACCUUAAAAUUAGUAGCUUUGUUAAAUUUCAAACUUUUUAUCUACUAUUUAAAAUUAAAACUUAUCUUUACAAAAUUAACAAUAAUAAGAGCAAAUAUAAAAUCCAGCUGCAAUAUAAGCAAGUCUUUUAAAUAAUCAAUAAUAAAUGGAUUUAUAAAUGUAAAUUAAUCAAACACCAAAUGGUUUAGACAGUGAUUUUAUAACUAAUAUAAAAAAAACAGUUAAUGUAUUAGGAGGGAUUGAAGAUACUGUUUAAAGUAUAAUUUUAAAGAUAUAUAUAGUUAUGAAAUAAUCUUUAUAAGAUUAUGAAUUACAUCAUUAGAUAUAAAAAAAAAUAGAAAAGUAACCAAUCUUCAUAAACUCGUCAUUGAUGAAUCCACAAAAGACAAAUUUAUAACAAAUAAAUCAAUAAUAAUAUCAUCCUUUUGAAAGAUAUAUGGCAACAGAACCUUUAUAGAUUGUGUAAUAAUCACAAAAAUUAAGAGAAUAAAAGUUAUAAUAGAAUAUUCAUUAAUGA